AUGGCGGCCGAUAUUGGUCAAAUUUCCCAGCUGCUGAAUGCCACCCUUGAUCCUGCUCAACACCGCAAAGCCGAAAACGCACUGAAGCAAGAGGCCACGAAGCCCCAAUACUCGCUCGCGCUGUUGAAUAUUGUCAACUCUGAUUCUCUUCCCCCCAACACACGAUUAGCUGCGUCUCUCGCCUUCAAGAACUUCAUCCGCUCCAACUAUGUCGAUGAGGAAGGAAACUACAAAGUAACGCAGGACGAGGUCCAAAUCAUAAAAGAACGACUUAUUGGGUUGAUGAUAUCCAGUCCGCCCAAUGUCCAGAAGCAGCUCGGUGAGGCAAUCAGCGUCAUCGCUGACUCUGACUUCUGGAGGCGGUGGGACACACUUACCCAGGAACUUGUCAGUCGAUUCUCUGCAACCGAUCCCAAGAUCAACGUCGGGGUUCUCGAAGUCGCCCACUCCAUUUUCAACAGAUGGCGCCCCCUCAACAGAUCGGACGAAUUGUACAUUGAAAUCAACCACGUCGUAAACACGUUUGGGCAACCUUUUAUUCAGUUGCUAGCUACAACAGACAGAAAGAUCGACGAACACGGCAAUAACAAAGAGACUCUAAAGAGAUGGUUCGAAACCUUGGAUCUGCAAAUCAAGAUUCUGCAUGAUAUGUCAUCCCAUGACUUGAAUCCCAUCUUUGAAGACCACCUCCCAGAAAUCUCCGGGCUUCUCCACAAAUACCUCACGUAUUCCAACCCCCAACUGGAAACGGGCGAUGAUGAUGAGGCCAGCAUUGUCGAUACUGUCAAGGCUGGCAUCUGCGAAGUCUUGGAGCUCUACACCAUCAAGUAUGAUGAAGACUUUUCAAAGUUUGUUCAGCCUUUCAUCACCAGUGCCUGGAAUUUGUUGACCACCGUCGGAACCGAAACCAAGUAUGACAACCUGGUGAGCAAGACGUUGCACUUUUUAACCGCCGUAGCCUCCGUAGCCGAGCACGCUGCUAUGUUUAACGAUGAGAACGUCUUGUCCCAGAUUGUCGAAAAGGUUAUAUUACCAAACGUUGCUCUUCGCGAAUCAGACAUUGAAAUGUUUGAAGACGAGCCUAUUGAGUUCAUUCGGCGAGACCUGGAAGGCUCAGACACAGACUCGAGGCGACGAUCGUCCACCGACUUUUUACGGAAGUUGCAGGAAAGGUUUGAAACCCCAGUCACUACUGCCGUCUCCAAGUACAUCACCCAUUACCUCAACCAGGGCAAGACAGAUUGGAAAGCCAAGGACACGGCGGUCUACCUGUUUCUGUCAAUCGCGGCCAAGGGAGCAGUGACUGCAGCUCAAGGUGUCAAGACAGUCAACCCGUUGGUGAAUGUGGUCGAGUUCUUCGAACAGCACAUUGCGUCAGACCUUGUUGCUACCGAAGGCGUCGAGCCCAUCUCCAAAGUUGACGCCAUCAAAUACCUCUACACGUUCCGAAGUCAACUGUCAAAAGAGCAAUGGAGAGUGGCUCUGGCUCCUCUGAUCCAGAACCUAAACUCAUCCAACUAUGUCGUGUACACAUAUGCCGCCGUUGCUGUGGAACGUGUGUUGUUCUUGACAGAUGAUGCCGGAAGCCAGAUGUUCCCACGAGCCGAUAUUGAGCCUUUCGCCAAGGAUCUGCUCAACCACUUAUUCAAGCUCAUUGAGCGCGAGACGAAUGCCGCGAAGCUUCAAGAGAAUGAGUUUUUGAUGCGAUGUGUGAUGCGAAUCCUCAUAGUCAUCAAGGAUGGCGCUUCCCCCAUGUUGGACAGCGUCUUGACGCAUCUGAUCCUAAUUACAAACGUUAUGAAGCAUAAUCCAAGCAACCCCAAGUUUUACUACUAUCACUUCGAAGCAAUGGGCGCUUUAGUUCGAUAUUGUUCCGCUAACAAUGCCGCUGUUUUCAACCAGAAGCUGUGGGAACCAUUUAACCAAAUCCUGGCCGAAGAGGUCACCGAGUUCAUUCCUUACGUCUUUCAGAUCCUGGCUCAACUCAUUGAGUCAAGCCCCGCAGACAGCAUUUCAGAAAAUUUCAAGUCUCUUCUCGGUCCUCUACUCGCCGCGCCCCUGUGGGAAACUCGUGGCAACGUCCCCGCCUGCGUGCGGCUACUGUCGGCCGUUAUCCCAAAGACAUCGGAGCUAAUCCUUCAAGGCAACCAGCUGGAGGCCGUCCUCGGUAUAUUCCAGAAGUUGCUUGGAUUCAAGAAAUCCGAGACCCAGGCGUUUGACAUACUUGACGCCAUUAUCAGCUCGUUUGAACCCUCGGCCAUGGGCCAAUACUUUGGAACCAUCCUGCAGCUACUAUACACCAAACUGCAAGGCUCGCCUGCAGAUUCGUUCAAGCUUCGGUUCGCUCGGUUCUACCACCUGGUCAGUGCCAGGCUGGAAGCUGGAUAUGGCGCCGACUACUUCAUCAACCAAUCCGACCAGGUGGAUGGCCGCGCUUUUGCUCAAGUAUACCCGCCGUUCGUGCUCGCCGAGACGGAAAAACUUGCCAAGCCAGUCGACCGCAAAACAGCCGUUGUGUCUUUGACCAAGACUGUAUGCGACUCGCAAGUCUUUGCCCAGAAGUUCAUGAAGGGCUGGGCCAACAGCUGCCGCAUUCUGCUAUCCCUUCUAGCCAACCCCCCCGCCGUUGUGGCGGGGGCAGGAGACGAGCUCAUAUCCGAGGCAUCCGUUGACGAUAUCGGAUUCGGAAUGACGUACACCGCUCUUAACACGUGCAAACCUCUGGCGCGGGACGACUUUCCCGAUAUCCAAAACGUGUCUACGUGGGUGAAGGACUACAUGGCUGCAGCCAACCAGCGACACAGCGGAGCUAUCCAGGGCUUCAUCACCCAGCGUCUUCCGCCUGAGCAACAGCAAGCCAUUGCACAAUAUAUCCGUUAA